AUUGGUAAAAACACUUUGUCGUGGACCAUCCAUCCAGAAGGAUUAUUGCCGCAUCCAGAAGAAGAAUGCAGCUGGUGCUAAAAGGAUCCUUUUAAAACAAAGUCAAUCUCAUUGGGAACAUGAUGCAACGACAACAAACCCGUAGUGAUCCGGAGGGAAAGUGCGGAUUCUGCCGAGGAAACGACACUUGUUUCUUAUUAAAAGAGGGUGAAAACUUCGAGAAUUAUCUGCGGAGGAAUCAAGUGAGGGCUAUUGCUCCGGAUCGCUGCCGUCUGGCUUGGCAUGGCCUACUCUGUCUAUUAACUAGCCUUUCCAUGGGAUUUACUUUUUACAUGAGCUCGGAAAAGAGCAAAUACUUCAUAUUCUUGACCAACUGGGGACAAAUCCUGGCCUUCAUCACCUAUGCACUUCAGUUCUACUUGACGUUCACUUACCGGGGUCAACGCAAAUCGAGCUUCCUCAACAAACGGAUGAAAACGCUCUGGUUCUUUCUCAAUAGCAACGCGGCUGUCAGUCAUCUUGUGGCAUUAUUCUAUUGGUUUUUCAUCGUGCCCAAUUUACCCAAUCAAACCCACCCGACCGAAUUUGCCUUGGGAGCUUCUCCGGAAGACGAUUAUUUGACUGGCUUUCAAAUCGGACAGAUAUGGCUGGACCGUCUUCUAGGCCACGGUUUGAUCCCGUUUCUGGUUUGGGUGGACCUUUUGCUCUUUUCCACCCGACCUUGGCGCUACCGCCAGUGUUGGACACCAGUGUUAUUUGGAAUGUCAUGGGUCCUAUUUUCCUACAUAUACUACUUGUUGGGAGGAACUGGUUACCUCAAACACGUUCAUCCCGGAGACGAAAAGGCAGUGGCUAAUGGAGGACACCACUUUAUCUACGAGAUGGUCAAUUGGGAGGAACCUCAAACGCUGGGCGUGGUCUUGAUAAUUGGUGCUCUGGUGGGGGUUUCCCACCUUAUUCUGUGUUCUGCGGCUUGGGCAGUGAAUAAGUGUCUCCGUUCACCUAUGGACGAAAACGCAUCUCAAAAUAAUGACGGGUUGGAGAAUGAGGAGAUGAAUCUUAUGAUUGACGGCAAGCGUCCAAUAAUCAUUGUGUAAUACGAAGCCAAACAUUUGAAAAGACAAGCAUUCCCUUAGGUGCGACCAACCAAGACAUAUUCUCUAUUUCUACGUCAUAAAUGACCAAUAAAUCAAAGUGAAAUCCUCAAACCCUUGUGCUCUUUGGUUACGUUAUCAAAGCUUGUGUUCAACUCCAAGCGUUGACUUCGUUUAAAAGAACAUGUUCAAGUCGUAGAUUGACACGCUAAUAUUUGUAGACUCUUGCCUCCUCACUUCCAAAAGAAAGACAACGAAGAAGUAGUGAAUUGCUAAAAAAGGACACAGACCUAACCGCUUAAGCAAAGGUAUCAUUUCGAAGGACAUGGGGAAACUACCGGUCUGCAGCAGAAAUCAUGUUUGAAUCUAACUAAGGUGCGAGUACUAUUCCCUAUUCUGUGGCCAAGAGUGUCCAUGACAAGAUGUGUGCGCUCCCAAUGAAAAACUGAGCGGUACCCAAAACGGGUUUUUACAGAGAA